CCAGCGAGUACGAAAUUUUUGAAACAAUAGCCAUUUACCGAGCCGCAAUACGCUCCAAAAGGUUAAUUGGAUAGCCAGGUGCCCGUCGUAUAGCCCAAGUGCGACGCACGCACCAUGGCGACCCCGUGGCCUGAGGACCAAACCUGGCCCGCCGACUACCGAGAGCACGCCGCGAAAUUGAGCACCUACCUACAGGCAGCACUGAAGUCGAUCAACGCAGACGGACCGCCCAUCGACCUAACCAAAGUCAGAUACUCAAUCCUCGGGACGCUGUCCCUGAUCGUCAAACUACAGGGUACAGCCGACCUGGGCCGCGUCCGAGAGGCGAUCCGAGACAUGCAGACCGAAGCAAAGGCCGCCGUCGAGAAGACCAACCGAGCCAUGAACGACAUCCGAGACGAACUCAAGAACACAAACAACAUGACACAACAGACCAUUGUAAGCAUACAAGAGAACGCCAAUACCGCCAGGGCCGCAAGUGUUGCGGCCAAGGAGGCAAUGGAAGUCAGCAAGGCAACCAUGAAAAUGGUAAGAGAUAUGAAGCCAGCAGGAGCCGCACCGCAGAAUACCCUCGUUCAGACGUACGCCACCAUAGCUGCUAGGGGAGGGCUCGCUGCAAGCAUGCACAACCCCGUGAAUCACAGAGCACCGCCAGUCCAAUCGCAACGUGAAGUUAUCGUAAACAUCCGAGACCCAGUCACCAUCGCCAGCAUCAGAGCGAUGGGCCCACGUAGCCUAAAGGCGCACAUAGACAGAGCUAUCGAACAAAGCAGCAACGAGCACAUCAACAAGAUCAAAGUAGCCUCGUCGAAUCAGUUGAAAAGUGGUGACCUCAGCAUAAAGACCGCCACUAGCGCAGACAUGGAAGCUCUUAGACAAUUCGCAGAGGACUGGGAACAAAGGAUCGGCAACGGCGCCACAGUGCGCAUCUUGACCUACGGCGUACUAGCACACGGUAUCCGCACUAGCUCCAUGGAUAUGGAGCGUUUCGACGAAGUAAAGGACGGCCUUCUGCAGGACAACAAACCGUUCAUUCCUAAUGCAGAGAUCAAAUAUAUCGGAUGGCUCACUAAGUCAUCGCCCACAAAGUCGGCAUCAUCUGUGAUCGUGGAAUUCGCGAAAGCAGAGGACGCAAACAGAAUCAUCGACGAAGGACUGAUUUGGCAGGGCGAGGUCUUCCAAUGCGAACGAUACGACAGACAGUGCCGUCUGAGACAGUGCUUCAGAUGUCACAAAUAUGGCCACAUAGGAACCCAGUGCAAGGCAACAACAGCAUGCGGCUACUGCGCGCAAGAUCACUCGACUCGAGAGUGUCCCACGAAAAGCGACGAAACUGUCCCCAGGAAGUGCGCCUCCUGCAGAGGCGACCACGAGGCCUGGAACAACCAGUGCCCGACAAGGAAGGAGGAAUUGGCCAAGAUCAAGGCCGCCUACAAGGCACGACCCAAAUAUCAUCCAGAGAUCCCAAUGCUACGAAUCCCAAUGGACGACAUCCAAGGUCAACCUAAGGAGGCGCCAAGGCUAGGGCGGCCACCCCUGGAGCCGCGACAAUCCCAGGGCGCGAGACCGGGUCGCAGCAGGUCGCCAACAAAGAAGACGCAAAAGCGCCCGAAUCCAACAAGCAGCCAGGGACGCAACGAAAAUGCGGACCUAUCCAUUAACGUCAACACCGAGAACGCACGGCCAAGGCGAGCCGUGACGAAAACGCGACGGGCACUGGAGGCCCUCGACGUGAACAUGCAGUGGACACAAGACAGCACCGAAAUGGACGUUGACAACAGGGAAUGAUCACAGAAAAGACACUCACAAUACUGCAGUAUAACGUAAGAAAGUCCAAGGACACGGUCAUGGCGACGCUGCUGAGAGACCCACGGAUACGGGAGUACGACGUUCUGGCCAUUCAGGAGCCAUGGAGGAACCCAUUUAGCGCGACGACACACCAGCCGGCCAAGGAGCUUUUCCACCUAUGCUACCCAUCUACCGAGGAAGGGGAGACGGCAAGAGUGUGUUUCUUCGUGAACAAACGCAUCGACCACUCCACUUGGCACUUCCACGAAGUCAACAAGGAUCUCUGCACUCUCGUACUAGAGACGCAGCAGGACGAAACCAACAAAAUUGUCAUCCACAAUAUAUACAACCCCACCAGAGUUCAAGGAGAUAGACGAAGCAUACUACCUCAGCUCAAAGCCGAGCUUGAAGCAAGAAACACAGAAGAGCAGGUCAUAGUGGGCGACUUCAACCUACACCACGAAUGCUGGGGUGGAAGUGAUAUACAGAGACCAGAUGUAGAGUCUCAGGAGCUGCUCGAAAUUAUGGAUGAGUUCAGUCUGACCAGCCACCUACCCGCCGGCACAAUCACAUAUGAGGAAGCCGAACGCCGCUCGACUAUCGACCUCAGCCUCACGACAGUGGGGUUGGUCGAUAGACUGAUCAAGUGCGAGAUAGACCAGGGGAUUAGCCACGACUCGGAUCAUCUGCCCAUCAUCACGGCGCUAGAUCUGACCGUCGUUCCGCUGCAGCCCAGGACGAGAAUGAUUUGGAAGGCAGUCGACGAGGCAACGUUUACGAAAACGCUGCGGCGACGGCUGCCACCACUACGAAGACCGCGAACAAAGACCGCACUGGACGCAUACGUCGACGAAAUUACCACUUCAUUGCUUGCUGCAAUUGAUGAAAGUGUACCGCGAAGCCACCCAAGUAAUAAGUCAAAAGCAGGCUGGGACGAAGAAUGCAAGACCAUUCUCGCAGAAACCAAGCGACUACGCCGUAUAUACAGCCGCUACCACGACGAAGCAAGCUGGGAGGCAUACCGAAUUGCGAGGAACGAAAAGAAGAGAGUCAUCAGCAAGGCGUUGCGCAAGGCACACAGAGAAAGAGUAGAGCAGGCCGCAGAGUCCCCAGAGUCCUUGUGGCGCAUAGCCAAAUGGGCACGAACUAGACAAAGCCAAACACCCACAGUCACACCAGCACUGACGGACCCUACAACCGCCGCGACAGCGAUCACGCCUAAUGAGAAGGCCGACCUUCUCAGGAAGGCCCUCUUCCCCAAACCACCGGAAGCUAGCCUGGAAGACAUCGACAAUGCGGCAUACGAUAGCCAGAUUCUGUUACCAAAAAUAUCUGAGCAAGAGGUCGACGAUGCCAUCCGUACCGCAGCCUCCUUCAAGGCACCGGGACCUGAUGGCAUCGUAAACCGAGCUCUACAGAUAGCCGCACCCUGGAUUAGGACCCAUUUAACCCGGAUUUACAACCAAAGCCUGGCGCUUGGAUACUGCCCACAACACUUCAGGAACUCCACGACCGUUGUUCUACGAAAACCAGGGAAGGAUAACUAUACAGUGCCGAAGGCCUACCGGCCCAUAGCGCUGCUGAACACCAUCGGAAAGAUCAUGGACGCCAUCAUAGCUACAAGAUUGAGUUACCUGGCUGAAACAUACCAACUUCUCCCUGCAACUCAUAUGGGGGGCAGGAAGCUGAGAUCGACAGAACAUGCCCUCCAUUUUGUUAUUGACAAAAUUUACGAGGCCUGGAACCAACGUGGCAAAGUGGCGAGCCUACUUCUGCUGGACGUCUCCGGGGCCUUUGAUAACGUCUCACACAAACGGUUGCUGCACAAUUUGCGAAAGAGGCGGGUCGACGAGAGAACAGUCCGCUGGAUCGCAAGCUUCUUGAGAGAGAGACAAACAGAACUGUGCAUCGACGGAUUCCGCUCCGAACCGUAUAUACUCACGACAGGAGAGCCGCAAGGAUCUCCACUCUCGCCAAUCCUCUACCUGUUCUACAACGCAGACCUGUUGGACCGAUGCAAUCAAGCCGAGAACACGGCUGCGACGGGCUUCAUCGACGACGUUGCUAUAUUGGCGUGGGCCGACACAACGGAAGAAACAUGUGAGAUGCUACAGACAGCACUUCAAAGAGCGGAUGACUGGGCGUCAAGUCACGCGUCUAUCUUCGCUCCAGACAAGUUUCAAUUGACCCACUUCACGAGAGCAACGUCCAGAAUCGACACGAGCAAGCCGGUGCAAACCAGGUGGGGCGAGAUCAGGCCGAAACCAACAUGUAAAUACCUCGGAUUAACAAUGGACGCCUCACUGCGCUGGAAACAACACGUCGACGAAAUAGAACGCAAAGUCUCAAACACGAUUGCCGCGCUCACGAGCCUCGGGAAUUCGGCCUGGGGAGUCAAGACCAGGGACAUGCGUGUCAUCUACCGAGGCGUAGCAGUACCACAGAUGAUGUAUGCAUGCUCAGCCUGGUCUAACGCAGGAUGGGGCGGUAAGGGCUACACAAACAGGACCAUAAAGAAACUGCAAAGUCUGCAAGGGAGGGCCGCUAGGGCCAUAAGCGGCGCCUACAAGGCGACGUCACUACCUGCACUGGACGUCGAGAUGCACCUUCUUCCAGUCGAAGAGCAGAUUUGGAAACACAAUGUCGAAGCUCUAGGACGCACAAAUACUGGAGUGUGUCGGGUAGCCGAUACAAUGCAGACCUGUCGAAGAAAAGCUACGCCCAGAGAAGCAAUCAGCCACGGCAUACAAGCAAGGCAUGGACCAGACAUGGACAAACAGGAAAGGAUCGAGCCGUUCGUUACGCCGCCAUGGUGGCAAGGGCUGCGAGUCUACAUUGAGGAUACAGCAGAAAAGGCGCGCAAAAUACAUUUACACCUCAUGAGAAGGGAGACAGCGGCUCUGCACAUCUAUACCGACGGUAGUGGCAUCAACGGCAAGAUCGGAGCCGCUGCGGUAUGCCCAACAACGCAGCAAACACGUAGCUCAUACAUGGGAGACGAGGAGACCUCAACGGUAUACGCGGGCGAGCUGCAAGGCAUCUCGCUAGCACUGCAGAUAGCACAGCAGGACAGAACGGCAGGUUACAGGCGAAGCAAAGUCCUCAUCUACACAGACAACCAAGCAGCCAUCCGGUCCUCAGCCAAGCCUAAGGGUAAGUCUGGGUCCUACUUGCUGAAACGCAUUGCCACACAAACCAUAGCACUACGAGAGCAAGGCCUGCCGGUCGAAAUACGGUGGAUCCCAGCGCACUCCGGGGUACAAGGCAACGAAGACGCAGACAAAGCGGCCAAAGAAGCCACUGGAUGGCGCGAGAGGGGACCAGCGGGACCGCGCGCAGAGAUGCCCGCAGAUAUCUACUCUCUUCAUUCCACGUUGAAGACGUGGGCACACAAGGAAGCCAAAAGGACAUGGGCGGCAAAGUGGGCGGCGGAGGAGCGAGGUAGAACCUCGUACCGCUACACACCCAAGCCAACCAAAAAGGUCCUGCAGCUACACGACGGGUUGAGCAAGCGCCAGAGUGCGCUUCUCGUCCAGAUGCGAACAGAGAAGAUAGGGCUCAACGACUUUCUCUUCAACCGAAGAGUACCGGACGCCACGGACGCCAGCUGCCCAUGCUGGGAAGGACGACAAACGGUAUCGCAUGUCCUGCUGCGAUGCCGCAAGUAUCGACAACUCCGGCACCAGGAACUAGGCCACCUUCCAGGACGACACGACCUCCGGGACAUAUUGAACGAGCGCAAAGCAGCCGCGAAGGCCAUCAAGUUCAUGGAACUGACGGAGAUCCUUGGGCAAUUCAGGAUCGCGUCCCAAACCAGACAAAGCUGAGCAUUGGGGGGAGACUGUAGGUACACAGACCCAAGACAUGAGGCAUAUCGCUUCGACAGAGCCUGCAAACAUUGAGCAUUAGAGAGAACCACGAUCUGCAGGAGCGGCCAGGCAAAUGUAGAUUGAGGUUGAGGAGCAAAGCGGGAAUUUUGGGGGCAGCUGGUCGGGGCUUUGUUUACAUUGCACUGGCGAAGUGGGGCGGCUGGAGGUUAAUCCGGUCGCGUCGGCUGCCUGCCAGACCCCGCUCACCGGGCAUGGCUGCGCAUUAAAUUAGCGGCUACAACCGAGUAGGAA